GUCAACACUCGGGUUUUGAAACGGAUAGAACAACACCGAGAGAAGCGCAAGAUCAUUAUCAACAUCACUUCAGGAUCCCGUGUGAUCACAUGUUCAAGGCUCGCUUGGUGCAGCGACUUCAAACCACCCGCGGUCCGCUACGGCUGCCCAACGACGUGGACUUGACCAGCCCUGGCUGCAGUCGCUGCCGCCGCAGUGGAGGCAGCACCGAAGACAGCAGCAAAACCUCAGGAUCGCUGCGCUACCAAUACGUGGUGGCCCACCCAUCGUGGAAACGGCUACGGGCUGUGGUCGGUGGCAGAAGGGUGCCGUUCUUCGACUCGCAGCUCCAGCACAUUCGUCAUCGCCGCAACCGCCUCUUCCUCGACAACGGCUUGAGCCCAAUUGUCGAAGAAAUGAUGUACGAGUGCGAAGCCUGUCAUUCGAAUGCGUUCAGCAGCCUCGAGCAUACCAAGCAUAUCACCCUGACUCGGUCAAAGGGCAAUGUCCAGCUCCACCUUCGUUGGGCGACAAAACCACAGUGUGCCGCUCUUGUAUGUUAGCCAACUUUUGGAGGUGGCAUGAGUGGUCAAUCAUGUUCAAUCUCGCAUUCGAUCACGACGUAGCUACAGUAACCUGUAGCCAAUGAUACAUUGAAGCACGCUUCGUAUGUGCAAUGGAUGAAGGUUUCUAGAUUGAACCGUGAAACCCUGACAUAUUGCUUUGGCUUUUACGAUGGGGUUCGGGGUUACGUG